AUGGCAUUAUCAAAUUUGGAUAAAAUAUCAAUUGAAAGACAGGCUAUGUGGGGUAACGUUGAUAAAGUAGAAUUACACGCCUUUUCUGAUAGCUCCGAGAAGGCACACGGAACCUGUAUUUAUAUGCGUUCUAUUCUGUCCAAUAGAAAGGUUUCGGUACGACUUUUGUGCGCUAAGUCUAAAGUAGCACCUGUAAGGAACGUUUGUCUUCCACGACUUGAAUUAUGUGCUGCGCAGUUGAUGGUACAAUUGAUCAAUGGCGUCAUCAUUUGCUCCCUCAAUCCAUUCAUUGAUGAAAAGGGAAUACUUAGAGUUGGUGGAAGGAUAAAUAACGCUGAUGUUGGGUAUAAGCAUAAACAUCCAGCACUUCUUCCAAAUAAUCACGCGUUUACAAAGGCUUUGAUAAGAGAUAUUCAUAUAAAAUAUCAUCAUGUAGGAGAACAAGGAUUGCUGUCAAUCGUUCGUGAACAAUAUUGGUCUGUGCAUGUGAAGCCUCUUAUACGACGAGUUAUCAGACGACGUAUAUUAUGCGCUAGAGCACGUCCACGUUUUGAGCAUCCGCAAAUGGGAAAUCUACCAGAGUAUCGUGUGAUGCCCUCACGUCCUUUUACAAAUGUAGGAACAGACUUUUGCGGACCUUUUAUGGUUCACUCUCGGCGUCGUGGGACAGCGGCCGUGAAAGUAGAUGUAGCGGUAUUUGUAUGCCUUGUUAGCAAAGCUGUUCAUCUUGAACUAGUUGGAGAUCUCACUACUUCUUCGUUCUUGGGUGCUUUGCGGCGCUUCAUUAGCAGGAGAGGCCUUUGCCGUAUCAUAUAUAGUGAUAAUGCUACAAAUUAUAUUGGGGCACGUAACGAGCUCAGGGCGCUUUAUAAGAUGUUUCAAGAUCAACAGUCUAAAUCCGAAAUUAUGAAAACUUGCUUAGACGAGGGCAUCGAAUGGAAGUACAUUUCUCCUAGAUCCCCACAUUUUGGUGGUAUUUGGGAGGCAGGCGUAAAAUCUGCAAAACAUCAUAUGAAACGAAUUUUACAUCUAGCGGCUUUGACAUAUGAAGAGCUUAAUACUCUUAUUAUCCAGAUAGAGUGCAUUCUUAAUUCCCGUCCUCUUUCCCCUCUCUCUGAAGAUCCCAAUGACCUUAAACCUUUAACCCCAGGCCAUUUUUUAACAGGUUCUUCACUUAUUGCAAUUCCUGAGCCAGAUCUAGAUGAUAACCUUCCUCCGUUGAAAUGGAAGCUUGGUAGAGUCAUGGAAUUGCAUCCUGGUACCGAUCACAUCGUUCGAGUGGUUACUUUGAAAACUGCCACUGGAAUUUUUAAAAGAGCAGUUGCUAAUCUCUGUCGACUACCGGUCGUUGAAGCACCUUCGGACGCUGAGGCAUCUUCAGUUGUUGAAGCACCUUUAGUCCUUCAAGACGGGGAGAAUGUUCAGCCUAUUUUAGAAAAUAAUGUUGAUUUAUAA